GACAGGUACUUGGCUACUCUGAUGUAGAUUGUUUCCCUGUCUUACCUACCCUUGCAACAUGUCCAUUUUUUGUUAUUUCUUAUUUUGGAUUUUCACAAAUCACACACCAGCCAUAAAUCAAUCAUAACUUCCAAGGCUCCGUUCAUUCGACCCAUCCUGUACGCAAACACCCCAGCAUCCGCCGAACAAUCCAUCAAUUCAUAAAAGUGCAUUGGCCGUUGAGCCGCUGACAGCGAAAGCCUAGCCUCAAGCCAGUCUUCAAGACCAGGUCAAAUGCUACUCCAGGGAUUACCUACGUAAGAAGGUUAUCAAACAAGCAAACAUCAGCAAACAUCAGCAAGCAUCAGCACGCACUGCAUAGCACUGCACAGCACAGCACAGCACAGUAAACCCAAUAUACGAACAAAAGGGAUGAACUUUCGUACCGAAUACGUGGAAUUAUCAAAGACGAAACUCUCAUUGAUUACCUAUUAAGGACAUUUAUGAAGGGCGACCCCAGCCUCAUUCUCAAUUUCAACCCUUCUCCACUUCGUCUUGACAUUCUUUAUCUGCAUUGAUUUCCUGGAGUAACUCGACCUUUCUAGAUGUUCCCUUUCCUGCCACAACCAAUUCUCAAUCAACUUUAAACAACUUCCCCAUUUCUCGGAGUUUUCGGAUGAGCCAUCAAACGGAAGAAAGGCAAGACAGUAGAGCGCAAUGGCUGGCAUGGAGCAAUUAGAAAUUCAUAGCAAGUCGUAUAUUGUUCGAUGGGUCAAGGUUGAGGAGAAACAUACGAUCUCAUGGAGUGUUCAACCGCACAAAAAGUCCAUAAACUUUGGAAUCGUCAAACAUCCAGGAACAGGAUCAUCAGCAAGUGUAGCCUCCACCCCGCGACAAGCCAAUUUCGACGAUGCCGUCCACUCCCUCCAUCCAGAUUCCAGUUCGCAGAGAAGACUAUCCGCGACCACCGAUUCGAGGAAUGAUUCUUCCACCGCACAAGAUCAGUUAAAAGCAAAGGGUUUCAUAUUAGUUGAAUGGUGUGGAAAAUGCGAAGCAGACAAGGUAUCCAUGGGUACAUUCGCGGUACCGGUGGGUCAUGGGGGAAUGUACGGAUUGGUGUUCGACAACACAUUCUCGAAACAAAUAUCGAAGACUGCCACUUUCGUUCUUCUGACGUAUCCAUCUAAUGCCCCUCCGCAUUCGAGCAAUCUACAAAAGCUACAGGGUCUGGAUGGUUCGCAUGCACAAAACAGCAGAAAACCAAGUCCAAAUCUCUCAGCCGCAGCUUCGGAGUCCGUUGAAAGUUUGCAGAGUACGGCAAUGGGUAGAGGUGCCAGUAGAGGUUCUAUGAUUAGCAGAAACGAUAGUGAAGGUGGCUUUUCAAGCUACCAUGUGGGUGUUUUACAAAAGAGAAGAAGAAAGAAGGGACAGGGCUAUGCUCGUAGAUUUUUCUCUCUGGAUUUCGCAACCUGCACGCUAUCCUAUUACUAUAGUCGCAAUUCAUCAGCACUCCGAGGAGCAAUUCCAUUGAGCUUAGCUGCGAUUGCGGCAGAUGAGAGGAGGAGAGAAAUCAAUAUCGAUUCUGGUGCCGAAAUCUGGCAUUUGAAAGCAAACAAUGCCAAGGAUUUCGAGGACUGGACCAAAGCUUUGGAGAAGGCUAGCAAUAAUGCUAGAGGCCCCAUCGGAGGUGUCGAAUUGGAAACGAUUCCAACACCGAAUGUGGGAUUGCAAAUCAGGACCAGCUAUCUACAGGUUCCGUCGAAUAAGGAAGAGGAAAACGAAUGGGCACAGAUUGAAGGUCUUGUGAGUAGGAUUGUAGGGACUAGGGAUGCUGUUCGUAGAUUAUCAAAAGAUACUGCUACACCAAAUAGGCGACACUCACAUCUUCUUGGGGCACCUUCCGGAAGUCCUCUAGUCGAAGAAAGUGCUGACUAUUUUGCUCCUCAAACCAACCAAACCAGUCAAACCAAUGAAAAGAGACCUUUUUGGAAACGAAAAUCGAGUACGCCCACACCUAGUACACCGACAUCGAUGCAACGCGGUGUGGCCGCACAACUUGCGGUUCCGGUUCCUGCGGCAGCUUCUGCUGUUGGUGAGGCCAAUGCGGAUGGCUCAACCCCUCGAAAAUCACGUACUUCACAUGAAGAGCAGAACAUUCAUGACCAUUGCACAUCUUUACUUAAGGAUCUUGACGCAGUACUCUCGGAUUUUCAAACUUUAAUAGCUAGCAGUAAACGUCGCCGUGCAUCGAAUGCUGCACCUAUGUCUGCUAGGUCUACACACAGUUUUGAGUCAGCUUCUACGGCAGAAUUUUUUGAUGCAGAGGCUGGAGAUCCGGAUCAUUCACAGGUCAUGAUUAUUAAUCGUAAGAGUGGGGAGGAAGAAACUAUAAAUUCAGAAACAGAAGAAGAGAAGGAUGAUUGUGGUGCUUCUACAUCUUCUAGUGGAGGAAGUGAAGAAGUUGAACAUGUGAAUGGUGCAGCAGCACUGUUCCCAAUCAAGCCCAAAAACCUUGAUCCUUUGCCAAUCAAGGCAGCCCCAAAACGCCGAAAAGCUAUUCCACCUGCAACAGUUAUGCCUCCAAGUUUGAUCGGGUUUCUUAGAAAGAACGUGGGUAAAGAUUUGAGUACUAUCAGUAUGCCAGUCUCAGCCAACGAACCUCUAUCGUUAUUACAACGCGUGGCAGAACAGCUUGAAUAUUGCAAUCUCUUAAACACAGCCGCCGAUCAAAAAGAUCCGAUAAAAAGAUUAUUACAUGUAGCAGCAUUUGCAGUAUCACAGUUCAGUAAUAGUCGAGCUAAAGAACGCGCUAUUCGUAAACCGUUCAAUCCUAUGUUAGGAGAAACUUUCGAGCUUGUGAGGAGCGAUCAAGAAGUUCCGGGAGGGUUUAGACUGUUGGUGGAAAAAGUCUCGCAUCGACCGGUUCGGAUGGCUUGUCAAGCCGAUUCGGCUAAAUGGUCGUUGGGACAGUCGCCAGCUCCAAACCAAAAGUUCUGGGGGAAAUCAGCGGAACUUAUUACAGAUGGUCGUGUAAGAAUGGUUCUGAGGCUUCCAGAUGGUAUUGAAGAAAGGUAUACUUGGAACGUCGCGACUGUGUUUUUGAGAAAUGUAGUGAUGGGAGAAAAAUACGUGGAACCGGUGGGGAACAUGACGAUUACAAAUGAAAGUACAGGAGCGAAAGCGUUGGUGGAAUUCAAACAAAAGGGGAUGUUUGGAGGUAGAAGCGAAGAUGUAGGUGUGGAAGCAUAUGAUGGGGAAGGAAAACAUACGGGAACUAGUCUCCAGGGAAACUGGACCAGUUCGCUCAAACUCGUCGAAGGGGGACGUUCCGGGCCAGAGAUCUGGAAAGUGGGAGACUUGGUGGAUAAUGCGGCGAGUUGUUAUGGGUUGACGACGUUUGCGGCGCAACUUAAUGAGAUUACGGAGAUUGAGAUGGGGAAGUUGGCGCAGACGGAUAGUAGGUUGAGGCCGGAUCAGAGGGCGGCGGAGGCGGGGAAGUUGGAUGAGGCGGAGGAUGUCAAGGCGAAGUUGGAGGAGGCGCAGCGCAAGAGGAGGAGGAGCAUGGAGGAGAGGGGGGAACAGUGGAAGGCGAAAUGGUUUGUUAAGGUGGAGGGGGGUGUGGAAGAAGAAGGGGAAGAGGUUUGGGGGCUGAAAGGAGGGAAGGAUGGGUAUUGGGAAGAGAGGGAGAGAGUUGCAAGAGGAGAAGGGGGCUGGAAGGGAGAGAGUGUUUUUGAGGUUUAGAAUAAAAUCUUGGUGUUGAUGUAGUUAGAGAAUAGAUUUCACAUUUGAUCAAGAAUAAAAGAAAUGGAAUAGGAACUCAAUCUAGAUAUUUGAAGGUAGUAUCA